AUGGCUGGCGCAAUGGGCCACCGGCGCGGGGAGCGCACGCCACGGCUGCUGGCAGCCUCGGCGCUGCUCGUGGCGCUGCCCGCGGCGUCCGCGGUGGACGCCUCGAAGUUCCGCACGUGCGAGCAGGGCUCCUUCUGCCGUAGGUACCGCAAGUACGUCGAGCGGAUAUCGCAGUCCGGGGAGUACGCGCACCUCCUCGACCCAGGCUCCAUCGCACUGGAGGGGCAGACGCUGCACGCCAAGAUCCUGUCCACCGCAGGCACUUCGCCCAGGCCGCUUCAGCUGCGGGCGAGCUUCUUCAAGGAUGGAGCCGAGGGAAGCUGCGGCAUAGCCCGCCUGAGCAUCAGAGAGGACGACGCGGGCCUCUACCCGCGAUUCCAGGUCCGAGAAGGUGACGUCGUAGUGGCAGGCCUGGUGCCCGACGAGGUCACGUUGACCACCUCUUUGGAAGACGGCACGUCUCUGUUGAAAGCAGCAGGCCCUGGCGACUGCUCGCUGCUGCUGAGGCAUCGCCCGCUCGAGGUGGCCAUCUCCGCCGGGGGCCACGUGCUGCAGCGGCUGAACGAGCGGCACCUGCUGAACUACGAGCAGUACCGUGCCAGGGCAGACCCUCCGAGGGGCAAGCUGGUGGAUGCCACGGACGUGGAUGCGGAGGGCCUCUGGGAGGAGUCCUUCGGGGAUUUUGUGGACACGAAGCCGCGAGGUCCCGCGGCGGUCGGCCUGGACGUGUCGUUCGAGUCGGCACCCACGAUUGUGGGUCUCGCGGAGCACACGGCCAGCCUCCACCUGGCCAAGCCUCGGUUCGCAGAGCCCUACCGGCUCUUCAACCUCGACGUCUUCGAGUACGAGGUGAACGUUCCAGCGUCCAUAUACGGGAAUAUACCCUUCGUCACAGCCGUGCACGUUUGGCCAGGCGAAGAGCCUCCUUCGGCCUCGGGCUUCAUGAUCGUGAACCCAUCAGAGGGAUUUGUCAAGGUCGACGGGCCCAAGGCCGAAGCAGGGCGCACCUCGACCUGGUGGGCUUUUGAGUCUGGUAUACUUGACAUGUUCUCCUUUGCAGGUCCGUCACCGCAGCAGGUACUCCAGCAGUACCAUUCCGUCACUGGGCUGCCGCGGAUGCCCCUCCUGGCGUCGCUUGGGAAGCACCAGUCCCGCUGGAACUACGUCGAUGUGGACGAUGUCAUUAAAGUAGACAUGGACUUCGACAAGCACUCUAUCCCGUACGACUUCAUCUGGCUCGACCUCGAGCACACAGAGGGCAAGAAAUAUUUUACUUGGGAUCCGAAACACUUCGCAGACCCAGGUCGAAUGAUGGACAGGCUGGGCCGCAGUGGCAGAAAGGUGGUGACCAUUGUUGACCCACACCUCAAAGGGGAUGACGCAUACGUCCCGUACCUCAGGAUGAAGGAAGCUGGCGUCUUCACCAGAGGGCGCAACGGGACGGAGUACGAGGGCUUCUGUUGGCCUGGGCCCUCCUACUACCCAGACUUCUGCGACCCUGCCGCGCGACGCGUGUGGGCGGAGUUGUUCUCUCUGGACACCUACCCGCACAGCCGACAGGACUUGUACACCUGGAACGACAUGAACGAGCCCAGCGUGUUCGACGGACCAGAGAUCAGCAUGCCGCGAGACAACCUGCACAAGUGCCACGGGAACGACUUCGCAGUCGAACACCGGGACAUGCACAACCUCUAUGGCUUCUACCACCACCAGGCCACCGUGGAGGGGCAGUUGCUACGGGCGCCUGACCUGCGGCCCUUUGCGCUCACGAGGUCCUUCUUUGCGGGCUCGCACCGGCAUGGUGCAGUGUGGACUGGCGACAACCACGCCAGCUGGGAGCACCUGGCCGCCUCUGUGCCCAUGCUGGUGUCCCUGUCCCUUUGUGGGAUGUCCCUGGCUGGCGCAGACGUGCCCGGGUUCAUGGGCGACCCAGGCCCAGACUUGUUCCUGCGCUGGCACCAGCUCGGCAUUUGGUAUCCCUUCUACCGCGGCCACGCGCAUCUCACGACGAAGAGGCGCGAGCCAUGGCUCUUCGGAGAUCAGAUCACAACCCUUGUUCGCAGCGCGGUUUCCGAGCGAUACAAGCUGCUGCCGAUGUGGUACACCCUCAUGGCCGAGUGGUCGUUCUUUGGGGUGCCGGUGCUUCGUCCCCUGUGGUACCACAACCUGAGUGACCCCCAGUCGUACAGGCACGCAGACGACCAUUACCUUGUCGGCGAGGCCCUGCUGGUGAGGGCGGUCGCACAGCCGGAGGCGCGCAAGCUCGAGGUCUAUCUGCCCCCUGGGGCCUGGUUCGACUACUGGGACGAGUCCGCGCCCGCACGGUCCGGCGGCGAGGCGGUCGUGCUGGCCGCCCACGACGCGCAUGUGCCUGUGUUCGUGCGGAGCGGUAACAUCCUCGUGAAGAAAGGACGCCCGCGCCGGAGCACGGCGGCGAUGUUCGCGGACCCUUACACUGUCUGCGUUUUCGGCGCCGCUGCCAGAGGUAGACUCUACGUUGACGAUGGCAGCAGCCAUCAGUACAGCUCUGGCUCUUUUAUCUACGACGAGCUCGAGUUCGACGGGUCGUCUCUGAGAGCGAGCCCCUCGAGCACGCUGUCCAGCAAGGGCGCGCCAGCCGUGCCCGCGGCGGGCCUGCGAGUGGAGCGCGUGGUGUUCGUGGGGCUGCCGAGGGCGCCCGCGGCGGCGCGGCUGGUUCGCCAUGGCGGUGGGGCCAGCCAGGUCGAGCGGGAGCUGGAAGUGGCCGUCGAGCGGGGCGCGGACGGCGGUGCGGGAUGGCGGGCUGUUGUGAAGGACCCGAAGGUGACUUUCGGCGCGCCCCACGACUGGUCCAUCGAGCUGACUUAUUACGGGGUAAAGCGCUGA